CACUCCAUGUCCUGGCAGGUUCUUUCUUCAAGGAGGCCUCCUUUACCUUUGCCAGAGGUGGCUUUCCAGGAGGCUCCUGCACCUAGCUGCCCUUGCAGAUUCCCAGGGAGGAAAGAAGCGUGGCCUUGGCAGCUACCCACCAGAAAAGAGCCCACAGGUGCAAGGGAGAAGCCUUUUCCUUGUCCUGACUCCCUCCAGCAACCCUGAACAUUCUGCCCCAGCCAAGGUUGUGAAGGCAGCAGUUCCUAAACAGCGCAAAGGCGGUAAGGUUGGUGACUUUGGAGAUGCAAUCAACUGGCCCACACCAGGAGAGAUAGCGCACAAGAGUGUGCAGCCACAGUCCCACAAAUCUCAGCCUGCCCGUAAGCCACCAGGCAAGAAGGAUAUGAAGGAACAAGAGAAGGGAGAAGGGAGCGAUAGUAAGGAGAGCCCGAAAACCAAGUCAGAUGAGUCAGGGGAGGAGAAGAAUGGGGACGAGGACUGUCAGCGAGGAGGGCAAAAGAAGAAAGGGAACAAACACAAAUGGGUUCCAUUGCAAAUAGACAUGAAGCCUGAAGCACCCAGGGAGAAACUGGUCUCGCGCCCCGCUCGCCUGCCAGAGCCUCGACAUACUUCUGCCAACCGCGGGGAGAUCAAAGGGUCUGAGCCUGCCAACUACGUGCCCGUGCCCGUGGCCCCCCCCACCCCAGCCUGGCAACCAGAGACCAAACCGGAGCCUGCCUGGCACGACCAGGAUGAGACAUCGAGUGUGAAGAGUGAUGGGGCUGGUGGGGCGCGGGCUUCCUUCCGUGGCCGUGGACGGGGGCGUGGUCGCGGCCGGGGACGCGGCCGGGGUGGCACUCGAACCCAUUUUGACUACCAGUUUGGCUACCGAAAGUUUGAUGCUGCAGAGGGACCUCGUACCCCCAAGUAUAUGAACAACAUCACCUACUACUUUGACAAUGUCAGCAGCACUGAGCUUUACAGCGUGGACCAGGAGCUGCUCAAAGACUACAUCAAGCGCCAGAUUGAAUACUACUUCAGCGUGGACAAUUUAGAGCGAGACUUCUUCCUGCGACGAAAAAUGGAUGCCAACGGUUUCCUUCCCAUCACCCUUAUUGCUUCCUUCCAUCGAGUUCAGGCCCUCACCACUGACAUUUCACUCAUCUUUGCGGCCCUCAAGGACAGCAAGGUGGUGGAGAUAGUUGAUGAGAAGGUCCGCAGAAGGGAGGAGCCUGAGAAGUGGCCUCUUCCUGGUCCCCCAAUAGUGGACUAUUCCCAGACUGAUUUUUCCCAGCUUCUCAACUGCCCUGAAUUUGUGCCUCGCCAGCACUAUCAAAAGGAGACAGAAUCAGCCCCUGGCUCUCCCCGGGCAGUCACCCCAGUGCCAACCAAAACAGAAGAGGUUAGCAACCUAAAGACACUGCCCAAGGGUCUGUCUGCCAGUCUGCCUGACCUGGAUUCUGAAAAUUGGAUUGAAGUGAAGAAGAGACCUCGUCCCUCCCCAGCACGGCCCAAGAAGUCAGAGGAACCUAGGUUUCUCCACCAGACCUCUCUGCCUCAGCAGCUACCUUCCCAGCAGCUGAUAUCCAAGGAUCAGGAUGAGCAAGAGGAACUGGAUUUCUUAUUUGAUGAGGAGAUGGAGCAGAUGGAUGGGCGGAAGAAUACCUUCACUGCCUGGUCUGAUGAGGACUCUGACUAUGAGAUUGAUGACCGGGAUGUCAACAAGAUCCUUAUUGUCACCCAGACACCACCUUACAUGCGCCGGCACCCAGGGGGGGACCGCACAGGCAAUCACACCUCACGUGCCAAGAUGAGCGCUGAGCUGGCCAAGGUCAUUAAUGAUGGUUUGUUCUACUAUGAACAGGACCUGUGGACUGAGAAGUUUGAACCGGAAUAUUCCCAGAUCAAGCAAGAAGUUGAGAACUUCAAGAAAGUCAACAUGAUCAGUCGGGAGCAGUUUGACACUCUGACCCCUGAACCCCCUGUGGAUCCCAACCAGGAGGUCCCUCCUGGGCCACCUCGGUUCCAGCAAGUUCCCACUGAUGCCCUGGCCAACAAGUUGUUUGGUGCUCCUGAGCCCUCCACAAUCGCCCGCUCUCUACCAACCACUGUCCCAGAGUCGCCAAACUACCGUAAUGCCAGGACUCCCCGGACCCCCCGCACACCACAGCUCAAAGACUCAAGCCAGACAUCAAGGUUUUACCCAGUGGUGAAGGAAGGACGGACAAUAGAUGCCAAGAUGCCUCGGAAAAGGAAGACAAGACACAGCUCAAACCCACCCUUGGAGAGUCAUGUGGGCUGGGUGAUGGAUUCUCGUGAGCACAGACCUAGGACUGCUUCCAUCAGCUCCAGCCCCUCAGAAGGGACACCUGCAGUUGGCAGCUAUGGCUGUACCCCUCAGUCACUGCCCAAGUUCCAGCAUCCUUCCCAUGAACUGCUCAAGGAAAAUGGCUUCACACAACACGUCUACCAUAAGUAUCGUAGGCGCUGCCUUAAUGAGAGGAAACGCUUGGGCAUUGGCCAAUCUCAGGAGAUGAACACUCUAUUCCGUUUCUGGUCCUUCUUCCUCCGAGAUCACUUCAACAAAAAGAUGUAUGAGGAGUUUAAGCAGCUGGCUCUGGAGGAUGCCAAAGAAGGCUACAGAUAUGGUUUGGAGUGCCUUUUUCGAUACUACAGUUAUGGCCUGGAAAAGAAGUUCCGGUUGGACAUAUUCAAGGAUUUUCAGGAGGAAACCGUGAAGGACUACGAAGCUGGCCAACUCUAUGGGCUGGAGAAGUUCUGGGCUUUCUUGAAAUAUUCCAAAGCCAAAAAUUUGGACAUUGGCCCCAAACUGCAAGAAUACCUCGGCAAAUUCCGACGUCUAGAAGACUUCCGAGUGGAUCCCCCUAUGGGUGAGGAAGGCAACCACAAGCGACACCCAGUGGCAGCAGGAGGUGGCAGCAGUGAGGGCAGAAAGCGAUGCCCUUCUCAGUCUUCCAACCGGCCUGCCACCAUGAUCAGCCAACCUCCCGUACCUCCCACUGGCCAGCCCAUUCGGGAAGAUGCCAAAUGGACGAGCCAGCACUCGGACAUGCAGACUUUGGGAAAGUGAAAAGCCCUUUAGCCCUGGGGUUGGGGGGUAAGGGGGUGGGUUAGGCGAGAGGUCAUGGGGGUGCCCAGUCCCAGGAGAGAGGGGACUUAAAAGAGGGACAGGCCCUUGUGCUGAGUAGUGGCGUGUACACCAUUUGGGCGUCAAAGGUUCAGAGGUACCCCUCUGGGCAGGAGCCUCCACAUACUCCCUUCCCCCCUCUUUCUCCAUGACUCUUCAUAUCCUAGCUUCUUCUAAAGGGGGGUGGGAAAGGGGGGAGAUUUUUUUUUUAUAUAUAUAUAUAUAUAUACAUAUAUAUAUAUCAAGUUUUAAAUUAUUGAUAGUUUGUCUGGAUUACCAAAAUCACUCUGUAGCCUGCCUGCUGCUGGUAGGCCGCAACCCUGGUCCCCACCCACAGCCUCUUCCUGCUCCCCCUCAAGCCAACUAUGCAGCCCACAAGAAGGCACUGUGGGCCCUAUUGCCCAGCCCUGUCCCAUGGAAGGCUCCGGCAGCACCCCUGGGCCCCAGAAGCACUAGCCCCUUGAUCAUCUGGGGCUUACCAACACCAUGUUCUCUGCUGACUGUCCCCACCACACCCUUCUGCCAUCUUCUGGGAGAAGGAAACCAAAGGAUCUACAAGUGGGGUUUGAGGGAAGGUUUCAGCCUCUCCUCACUCCCCUCUUCCCUACACCCUUACUUCCCAGCCCAGAGAGACGCUGCUCAUACCAGAAAAGACUAUUGAAAGAUGAUUUAUUUUAUUUUUCUCUGACCUUUCCAUCCAUGGAAAAAGGGGGAAAAAAAAAAAAAAAAUGACCAAAAAAGACAAAAAAAAAAAAAACCCACAGAAAAUCCCUACCUAAUCCACCAAAAGUGAUGUCUUCUACCCCUGGAUUUGUUUUUGUUUUGUUUUUUUUUGUUCUUGGAAAUAAUAUUUUUUUAAAAGUUGCCUUACUGUGGAGCGGGAAUCUGAAAUACCCAAAUGCCUGUUUUCCUCGAUGGAGUCAACUCGAAGAGCUCCCACCUUCUCUGGAUGUGCCUGGGCUUGGAUUGGCUAGAAUCUUUCUCUGGACUGAGUUGCAUGUACCAUGCCUCCUAACUGGAGGUAAGAGAGUUGAGGGCGGCUCCUGUCAGAGCUGUGCCCACAAUGUCCCUGCUGUUGCAUCGUUUGAAGCUGAUGUCCUGUGUCUGUACACUGCUGCCUCUGUCGUGUCCUCGCUCUGCUUGCUGUUGUCUGACGCCAGGCUCCAUCCUGCCGUGACCUUUCAUCCUACCCUUGGAACCCCAAGGCCAAGUUUGCUUCAGACUGUUUGCUUCAGACUGCUUCAGAAUAGAGUUGGCCUGAAUCUGGAACACUCUUGUCUUCAGCUUAAACGUCUCUCCACCCCAGAGGGGGAAAUGAAACACCAAGCUGCUGAGGCUUGACAGUGUUUCUUGUAUUGGCCUCAAAGAUCUCUUGAGACCCCAAGGAAGCUCUGUCCCUCACAGAAGGUGGAGAAAGAUGCUACUUCUCCUCCCUCAGGUCUGGUGAGGUCUCCCCAUCUUGCAUCUCCCCUCUGCAAGCUGUCUUUGCCCAUCCUCCAGUUGACCCUGCCUGAGAACAAGUGAGAAGUUGGGGGCUGGGGGGAACCCUGCCAGCGGCUGAAGCCCUGUGGCAGAAAGGUAUAUGUGGACAUAGAGUAUACCUGACUUCUCUUCUCCAGCCACUAACUGCUUGGGCUGUGAAUGACAGUGGAAUGGCUGGAGUCUACUAUCUUUAGAAGCUAGGGAGGGUGACAAAGGAUCAACCCACAUAGACUUUGGGAUGUGUAUUGGGUAAAGGCAUGACUGCUUAUUCACCCCCAGUGGGAACUGGACAACAGGUGAGGAGUUUGUGGUCUCAUUGCUGAAUUGCUGGAACUUCCUUGGCCCUCUUUCUCAGUUGGUUCCUCUGCUGGACCCAAAGGGUGGGAGUAGGAGACAGUAACCCAGGCUUGCCCUCUGUCUUUGGCACUUCAUUGCUUUCAGCCUGCACCCACCCUUUUAUCAUUCCCCUUCCAGUGGUUAGUAUGUGGGAAGCCUGUUUUAUUUCUGAGGCAGUCCUCUCAAAAGCCAAGGAUUUUAGGUGAGUGUCUGGUUUCUGCUAAGACAAUGGGAUCUAAGGCCUUUUCCUACCCAGUCUGGUACCAGACACAGGACUCUUGGACUCCCUUCCUCUCCCCUCUCUCUUCACCCUUCCUUUCCUUCGGAUCACUCAGCCCUGUACUGUAUCCAGCACCACAGAAACCUCAGCUUGUCCUCUGCUGGGUUUGGGAGCACAAGGAAACCUUAGGGGUAGGAAAAGGCUGCUGUUAUCUAGAGUUUAUCCCUAGGCCAGGGGCUGCCAUCCUCUCCCUGAUCCAUCCACAGACACCCCAGAAAGAGGAAACAAGCCCCUUUGGGGUGGCCAGGUGAGGACUUCAUCUCAAUGUAGGCUGGGUGGGGGGUUUGUUUUCGGGGAUUGUUGGGUUUUUGGUUUUGAUUUUUUUUUUUGUUUUUUGUUUUUUUUUUGGUAACAUGUUAGGAGUUAAUGUUGCAAAGAGUAGUUUACAUCUUCACUUUCUGAAGACACUUGAAUUUAGGACCGACGUAUCUGUGACAAGCAUGCCAGGAGUGGCAGGGCCGUCAGGACUAGCCACUUCACACCCACCAUCCUCCCAUAGGGAACGAAGACCUGAAACAAAGCAACACCCUGCCCUUAAAUUCCUUUGUUCAUCCUGUACCCUUCUGAAGUUGGUCCAUGCCAACAGGACCUGUGGGCAUCAGGCACCAGAAGGCCUGUGUGCCUCAGCCCUGGUAAAGGAUGGGUUUCUCUUUCACUUUCCCCUAAAUCUGGGAGCAAAUGCACUAGCAGUAAAGAAGGGCCAUCAGCUCUGCCCCAGUCUGGACCCCUGGGGCUCAGAUCAUGGUGCUGAGCCCCCAUGUCAAAAGUUGUUUUAUUUUUGUUUUGUUCCAUAGUAGCUCUUCUCCCCCUCCCCCCCUUGAUUUUAUGACAGAAAAAAAUUAAGCUGCUCAGAAGGCCCUGAAAGUGGGGAAGAGGGGUAAGGAAAAUGACUUAGGGAGGGUGGGGGGAGCCUUGCCAAAAGCCUGUAUACAAUGGUCUGAAUCAUCUGGCCCCCUCCUGGAUGGGACCUCAUGGUUUCUCCUGUGUGCAAGGGUCCCUGGCUUUGCCCCAGCUCCCACACUCUCCUUCAGCCUUGUCGAUGGCAAAGGCAGAGAAGAUAGGAACUUAGAUGAGCCCAUUUCUCACUGGAGAGGAAAACUUGUCAUCUGGCUUUGCAGAGAAGGUUCCACCUUAAUGCUCAGUACAUUAUCUUUACCAUGUGCUAGGAUAUCACAUUUAAAAGGACAAAAAAAAAAAAAAAUGUAAAAUACUUGAAUGAGCUUGUAUUAUAACAUUAAUAUUAUUGAGAGUAUCUGCUUUCCAGGCUGAAGUGAUUCAUUCAUUAUUCUAGUCCUGCUUUAGUCCUUUGUAAUUUGUGGUAAUUAUGCUUUUCUUUUUAAUACAAAAAAAAAUGUAUAAAAAUAAAAAUUUGAAAAGGCAAAAUA